AAUUGGAACACCAAACUAAUAGAUUGCCUGAAAUUGAAACUGAAGAAUUAGAACACCAUCUUAAUAAUUCAUUCGAAAUUGAAGAGUCAGAGCAGCAAACAGAGAAUUCAUUUAUUAAUUUCUUGGAAGAAAUUAAGGAAGAUUAUAAGAAACGAGACCUUCAAUUAUGCGUAGUAUUAGAUAAAUUCUCAGCACGAUAUAAAGCUGCUAAAUCACAGUCAAUUCCUCAUUUAACUACUUUUCUUCACAAUAUCAAUCAUAACUCAGACCCUCUGGCGCGCAUUAAAGGUAGCAGAAAAAUCUCUGUUCAAGUGGAAUCUAUAAAGCGAAAAAAGACUGGAAGCACAAGUAUUAAACAAAAAUAUUCAAAAAUUACAAAAAUUAAUGAUGAAAAUGAUCCACAUAAUAUCCCUAAGUGUAAAAGAUGUAAUAAUAUUAAAUACACUAAGAAGAGAUAUAUUACUAAUAUUUCAUUUGCUGAAUAUAGUCAAAAUUCUUUAAAAGCUAAAGAAAAGAGUGAAUUAUCUUCUGCAACAAGAAUAGUUCUUAGAAAAAAGAUUCUAUAUCUUAUAAAAAAAGUUUCAAGGAGUCAAAUUGGUUAG